UCACAUUAAAUGGUGCCUGACCUAUGUUUUACAACCCAUGUUCUAAAUCAGUUUUGGGGGCCGAUUUGGUGAGCUCAGCCUGAACUGCAGGUGACUGUCCGUGCAAUACAGCCAUAAAAACCUCACAAGUGUCCCGGAAAUAUCUCGGGGCAGGUGCUGCUGGCCCUGUGACCUACUCUACGCCAGCGCUGGCAAACAGCCCCAGCUCCCUUCCCUCCCUUCCCGGCACUGGUUCGGAUGUGAUAAAAGAAUGUGUUUCUGCUCCGCGGCUCCCUGAACUGCGGCCCGCCUGCACCCGGCAGCAUUUGCAUGUGAAAAGCGGGGGGAAAGGUAAAAGGUACGCGGUAGCUUGCCAAAUCACGGAAUUUCUGCCCGGUGGCUGGGCGGAGGAGGAAGCUCGGCAACACCUCUGCCCUGCCUCCUGCUCCAGGGUAUUUAAGCCCGGCAGUCGGGGCUGGAGCAGCAUCUCUGCUUCCUCCAGCGCUCAUCCUUCCAGCUCCCAUCCUUCCAGCUCUCAUCCUGCCCUCACACAUCCCUCUGGCUCCCUGCGAAGGAGGAGCAGCAGCCGUGGGGAAGAUGAGCUGCAACAGGUACCCCGUGGAUGUGAAGGCUGUGGGCUUCAUGCAGUGCAGAAAACAGAAGAACUACAUGAUGUUUGUGUCUUGGUCAGAUCAGAACAACAUUCUCAUCUACAGGACAUUUGAAGACUUUAAGAAAUUCCAUAAAGAGCUGAAGAGAAAAUUCCCCACUGAGAGUGGGUCACUGAGGAGUUUACCCAGGUUUAAAGGUAUAACUAUGCACCAGAGGAUGGGUGGGAAGCUGAACCGGUGCCUGGAGAUCCUGAAACUGCUGGAAACGUAUUCCCAGGAGCUGCUGAAAACAGAUGUGAGAAUCUCCCGGGGUGAAGAGGUGAACCAGUUUUUCAAGGCACAGACUCAAGACCUCGAUCCCUCCUUCCCCGAAAACAGUGUUGUGAUCAUGCCAUCAGCAUUCAGAAGGGAGAAGAACCCCCAGCCCCUCUCCAUCACCCUCCCUCAGGCGUCACAGAGCCACCGCUGCAUCGAGGCCUUUGAAACCAAAGACACAAAGAACAAACCCUUCUCAGUGGCUCAGAAGGAGAUUGUGGAAGUGCUAAUCAAGGACAUGACUGGCUGGUGGCUGGUGGAAAAUGCAGACAAGCAGAUAGCCUGGUUCCCAGCCUCGUACCUGGAAGAGCUUGAUGCCUGUGAGGACAUCCAGAAUGCCUUCAGCUCAGACGAGGAGGGCAGCCUGUACUUUGUGGCGCAGGCCUACGAGGCUCAGAAGGCGGACGAGCUCUCGCUGAACCAGGGGGUGGUGGUGGAGGUGCUCAGGAGAUCCCACAACGGCUGGUGGCUGAUCCGGUACAAUGGCUGCACUGGCUACAUCCCCUCGCUGUGCCUCCGGCCCUACCAGAACCCUCACCACAAGCUCCAGACCAUCCUGAGCUGCGGCCUCAACGCGUCCAGCCCGAACCUGAGCUGCCCGCAGCCCCGGGGGGAGGCUGUGCCCCAGCCCGGCCCGGCCCGGCCGCACCACGGGAGCCCUGCCAGGAGCAGAUCCCGCUCCCUGCCCAGGGCCAGCUCCACCCCGCAGCUGGAUUUGGACACCUCCUCGCUGAGCUCGGCGAGCAGCGGUGACGGGGACGCCCGGCUGGCCUGGAAGCCCGACCUGUCGCGAUCCCUGCCCGAGGUGGAGCAGGCCGGGGGCUCUCCUGCCCUGAGCCACGGCCGGGCCACGCUCAGCAGCAAAUCCCCAGCCCUCAGGAGCAGGAAUGACUCCGGCUUUGUGGAGUCCUCCGCAGCCGAGCUCGGUUCGUCCCUGGCUGACCCUGAGCUGGCCGCGGGUGUCCCCAAGGUGCCGGCCCGUCCCUCAGCCCACGAGAUCCUGCAGCGCUGCAGCACCGUCACCAAGCGCGCCGUGCAGCAGUCGGCUCUGCGGCCGGCCCUGCCCAUCCCCGGCCGGCAUUAGUGUCCCCGCCGAGGGGACACGGGACAGCCACGACACCCCGGCAGCCGUGGGACUGUCCCUUCCAAGGAGCACACACAGCCAUCACCCCCCUGCUUCCACCGGGAGCUGCUGGGAGAGGACUGAGUGGGGUCACUUGAGGAUCCAGAGCUGGAGGUGGCUCGGAGCUCAGUGAGUUCUCCCCGAGGCAGUUCUUGCCCAGCCCUGCAGUACCUGAGCGUUUCACAGCCGUGGCUGGGUUAUUCCCCACACCAGGAUCAGCUGGCACAGCCACGGCCACCGUGGAGGGCACAGGAGUGGCACCAGAGUGCCUCGGUGACCCCUGGCACCCUGAGCUAGUUACAGGACUGGGGAUGAUGCUCCUGUGUGAUGGCAGUUACCAAACCCCCUUUUUUAUAGAUUUUUUUAAAAACUUUUUGACUUUGGUUUGGGGAUUUUUAAAUAGGUUAGUGGAGAGGCCAUGAAUAUAGGGAUGGGCUGGAUCUGCUGAAUGCUUGUGAGAAUAAAAAAAUCCUGUUGGGGAGGAACUUCACCCAUUCCUUCCAGCCAUGUCUGUGCAGGCACAGGAACACAGCCUGGAGAAUCAUAGCUUGUGUCCCACCUGGGAUGGGAACAGAGGUCACGUUUAUUGAUAAAACAUUCCUCUUUCCAGAGGACUGGGUAGUUACUGAGACUCACAAUUCUAAUCCUAAACUCAUUUGCUAGAAAUGAGUUAGAAAAAGAGUUACAGGAAAAGUAAGACUUUUCUUUACACUGAUGGCUUUAAUUGUACUUAUUUUCCCAGGUAUCUGUUAAUAUUUUUGUAAGAAUUUAUGAGGUGUGUGCAUUGUUUGAAUUUUAUACAUUGUGUCUAUGAAAUAAAAUACAUGUAAAUAUCUCUGAAACCUGCUUGUGUUUUAUGCUUUAAAGGUUUGCUGUUUGGGGAAU